GCUCAUACAUUUUUAUCUGACACUUUGCCCUGCCAUUUCUGCUUUUAAAUGGUUUCAUGCUUUGUGGUUUGGAAGAAUUGCUCUGCAUUGUAGCUAAGAUGACAUUUAGAAACCUUGGCGAUAACAGUUGCUACGACAUCUGAUACAGGACAAUUAAACCGUAAGUAACAAAUUCAAUGCCGUAUAUCAGUCAUGCCUUGAUAUUAAAAACUGAAAUAUGCUAUUUUGUCUUAGCAUCUGUAGCUAUAACCUGCUGCUGCCUAUGAAUAUUUGUGCUGCAGACUGGACUGGGGAAGACCAACAAUUAAACCUCUGGAUGGAACUUUAGCAGACAAGCACAGAUAGAAUUACCUUUGUGUGGUAAGAGAGAUCUCUGCUGCGCUAGGCUACUAAUCAGGUUUUGUUUCCAAAUGUUCUGAGGUGGCUAUUUAUACUGACUGUAGUGAGUAGGAACUAGGGAAAGUUUUUAACAUUUGCUUUUUAUUUAGUUAGGAAAGCACAUACAAGGGACAGAAAAAUGGAGGUUUGUGGUGAGUUUGAUGAAGCGUUACAAACCUACAAGAAGGCUCCAGUCACAUUAUGGCAUCCUAUUACAGUCAGCCAGAGUGAGGUCAGGCUUUCGUAAGCUAUGCAAUGCCUGGGCUGUUGAAAAAGACUCUUUUUUCCCUGGCUUCCCUGCUCAGCAUUGCCUCUGUCGUGCUGCUUGUUGUGGCUCUUGCUACUGAGAAGUGGGUGACUGGAAAAAUCCUGUGCAAGACAGGGGCCGAGCUGGUGAAUGCUUCGGAUCCAGAGCUGGUUAAAUUUGUUGGAGACAUUUACUUUGGUCUUUUCCAAGGAGGCAAAAUAAGGCAUUGCGGUCUAGGCAGUCGACGCUCCAAGAUAUACAUUUUUCCAAAUCUUGUGAAAAAGUUGAAUGGUGCACUUCACGUGAUGAUUAUCCUGUUUCUCUUCACUGCCAUAGUAUUUGCUCUGAUCAGUUUUGGGUUUUGCAUUUAUAAUGCCAGGAAAAUUCCUUAUCAGUCUAUCAAAGGGCCAGGGGGGAUAUACUUGUGGAACUUUGUUGCAGGUCUGUUUGGAGUGUUCGGAGUUGUCAGCUUCAUCGCAGCUUUGAAGCUUCAUCACCUAACUGAGAGAGUGGCCAACUUCCGGGAAAAUGUCUUUCAGUUCAUUAUCUUGGAAGAGCAUUAUGACUUCUCUUUCUGGUUAUGUGUAGCAAGCACUGCUACUCAUGGAGCAAACUGUAUUGUUGUGGCCAUUAGUGGGAUCCAUUUCCCCAAAGUACAGACUAAAAAACCUGAAGAACCUACAGUUACAGCAGAAGACCUUCUGUACUAGGCAAGACAGAUGCUUUUGGAUAGCAAAGUGAAAACCCAACUUUGACAUUCUUCAUUGCUAACUCUACACACAGGGGGAAAAGCCUUAAGAAUAUGUGUUGGGUUCAAAUUGAUGAACACGUUUUCAUGACAAAAACAGAAUGCCGGUGGCAGUACUGUGGAAGUUAUUAGAGGAGAUACGUCCAUUUAUAUCUGCAAGAGAUCACCACUGCUUUCAAACUGCAAUUCUACCUUGUCCUUUUAUUCUGACAUAAAUCUUCAUUUCACAGACUCGUUUUGGACUUUGAAGUUCAGCCAAAAAAGGAGCUACAUUAAAAGUACAGGACGGUAAUGAAGUUGCAAACUCAGCUUUUCAAUACUUGUAAAAAUGUGAAUAAAUCUUUCCGUUACCUACCAUUCGUUUUGAUUUAAUGCU